AGAACUCCGCACCCAAAACACCGCAGGGUCACAGGCAUGCCGCCCCAGUACGCCACACUGCCACAGAGCGCGCGCUCAGCAAGCUAGCACAUGCGCAAUAUCGAACUCAGUGACCUUUCGGGCUCGACAUUUCCGUCUGAAAAGGUGGAUCAAGCGCUAGUGGGGACACGACUUACGGUUUUGUUGUGGAAUCCCUUGAGAAACCAUUCAUAGAUCGAGAAACUCAAAAAGUGGAACACAAGCCCGCAGCAUUCGUGCUUCUUGAACAGGCUUGCCCGUGCUUGCAGACGACAAAUCAACACCAUACAGUCAAGUAAUUCUUCAUUUUGGAUUGGAGAUAUGCAGGCUGGGGAAUCUACCCGUUCUGAUGUUGGAGAGGAAGCAGAAUCACCAUUUCGCCAGAUCCUGGCUUCUAUUCAUCAAGAGAGUCAUGACCCUAGGCCUGCCACUGUCACUGGCGAGAUUCCAAAGUGGCUGAAGGGCUCGUUUCUCCGUAAUGGGCCGGGGCUCUUCGAGGCCGGGGAGCAGGAGGUCGGUAGCUUGUUUGACGGCUUCGCUCUUCUUCAUCGAUUCAUCAUUAAGGAUGGACAAGUGUCGUAUCAGAGCAGGUAUCUGGAGAGUGACGCUUACCAACUGUCCAUGGCCGAGAAGCGCAUAGCCGUGGCUGCCUUCGGUACGGCCGUCCACAGAGAUCCCUGCAAAAGUUACUUCAGGCACCUCUUCUCCUAUUUUAAGGCGCCCCUGAAUGAUUCUACUGAUAACUGCAACGUGAACUGGUUGCAUCUUGGACAAGACAAUUUUUACGCGUUAACGGAAUCUAAUCUGAUAUGCAAGGUGGACCCCCGGACCCUUAAAACGACGAAUAAGAUUAAGAUCACGGAUCACGUCGCCGUGAACUCGGCCACAGCGCAUCCACACUAUGGAGAUGAUGGUUGCGUGUACAACAUGGGAACAACCUUUGGAAGACAUGUCACAUACAGUAUAAUCAAGACGCCACUGGCCAAACAAGGAGACACCGAGGAACCCAUGAAAGGGUCGACUGUAGUCUGCGGCAUCCCAGCCUCGUCGUCGCUGUAUCCCAGCUAUUUUCACAGCUUCGGAAUGACCCAAAACUACAUUGUCUUCCUGGAGCAACCCUUAGUGCUGAACGUCCUCAAGUUUGUCACCGCCAAAUUGCGCGAGGUGGCCCCGAGCACCAGCCUGGAGUUCAAUCGAAAGCAGAAGUCCCGUUUCUAUCUCGUGCAUCUGCGCACCGGCGAGGUGGUGUCCACCGAGUACCUCGCCGAUUCCUUCUUCUGCUUCCACUUCAUCAACGCCUACGAGGAGGAUGGACACGUGGUCGUCGAUCUGUGCCGCCAUGCUGAUGCCAGCAUAAUGGACAGCGCUGGUCUGGAGGCAGCGCGAAGAAUGGCGGCCUCACACGAAGAAGACUUGCGGGCGGUUCGCUUCGUUCUGCCCCUAGACCUGAAAAAAGAUACCGAAGAUCUUGUUACACUUGUUGGUAGCCGAGCCACUGCUAAGCUAAUUGAACCAGGCAAAGUUGUGUGCACGCACGAGGAUCUUUCAGAUCAAAGAAUUGAGCUGCCGCGAAUCAACUAUGAGAAAUACAACGGCCGACCCUACCGGUAUAUCUACGGGAUGCCAAACAAUCUUCAAGAGAUCGUAAAACUUGACACGAAGACAAGAACCCACUUGACGUGGGGUUCACUGUCCGGGAGCCACUACCCAUCGGAGGCGGUGUUCGUUCCCAACCCCGACGGAGUGGAGGAGGAUGACGGCGUGGUGCUGUCCUUGGUGCUAGACUCAGAACCGACCAAGAACCCGUUCCUUCUCGUUCUUGACGCUCGGACUUUCCAAGAGUUGGCCCGUGCCGAGGUGGAAGACUUGCCUUUCGGGAUUCACGGAGUGUUUGUCAAUGAGCUCAUUUAACCUUUUUGGGAAUGCUGGAUUAAGGUCCGUUGGGGAAAAUCUCUUUCGAUGGUUUUAUGCUCAACAUGCACGUGAGAUUAGUUUGAAACAGGCUUUGAAAGUUGGCAAGUUUAGGAGAAACUGUUACAUUAUGUUUAUGUCUUAGAAUUUUGAUUGAACAACUGUAAUUUUACACCAACACGGUAUUUUUCUUUGAAUGGCAGUGUUGAAUCAAAUGUUGCAACCAUGCAUGAGCAUGUUUAUGGUAAAAAGGUCUGCAGAAGAGCUGUUGGAAACAUUGCUCUCCAUACUAUCUUGAUGUUGAUGAUCUGCAGUGUUAAUGUUCUGAUAAUAUUAAGUGUCCCAGGUCGGUGCGCAUAUUUAUUAUUUUUUUUUUAUGUCAAUUCUGUUUGUAGACCACAGGGUAAAUAAACAAACAAUCAGCCCAUCACCA